CCCCCCUACAGUGUCCUGCCAGCGAGGCAUGUGGAGGGCUGAGCACAGAUCCCGAGUGUCUGGGCUGGAUUAUCCUGCAGCCCCCACCUGUCACAGCAUGUGUGGCCAGUGAGGGCCACUGUACUGAUCCCCUCCCCAGAGAGACAGCUGUUACUGGCUCCGCCCCACGUCUUCCUCUGCUCUCUGGGGUGUUUCCUGGGAAGCCCUGCAGCCCACCGGGAGUACUGUCUCUCCUGCUGGGCCUGAGCCCUCUGCAUCCAUGUCCCAGCCCGAGGCCCAUGGGGGCUGCUGGCCCUGGGUCCCCACAUGGACAUGCUGGAUCUGGGCAAAGCCGACACACACAAUGGUCAACUGCUGGUUCUGCAACCAGGACACGCUGGUGCCCUACGGCAACCGCAACUGCUGGGACUGUCCCCACUGCGAGCAGUACAACGGCUUCCAGGAGAAUGGCGACUACAACAAGCCCAUCCCUGCCCAGUACCUGGAGCACCUGAACCACGUGGUGAGCAGCCUGCCCAGCCCCCGAGAGCCCGCGCAGCCGCAGCAGUGGGUGAGCAGCCAGGUGCUGCUGUGCCGCAGGUGCAACCACCACCAGACCACCAAGAUCAAGCAGCUGGCGGCCUUCACGCCCAGGGAGGAGGGCAAAUACGAUGAGGAGAUCGAGGUGUACCGCCACCACCUGGAGCAGAUGUACAAGCUGUGCCGGCCCUGCCAGGCGGCCGUGGAGUACUACAUCAAGCACCAGAACCGCCAGCUGCGUGCCCUGCUGCUCAGCCACCAGUUCCGACGACGGGAGGCGGACCAGGCCCAGAGCUUCAGCUCCUCUGCGUCCAAGGCCCCAGUCCAGGUCAUCCUGCUCCGCGCCCUGGCCUUCCUGGCCUGCGCCUUCCUGCUGAUGACGGCACUGUACGGGCCCAGCAACCCCUUCACCCUGGGGGUUGCCCUGCCCCCAGCCCUGCCAGCUGGCAGCAACGACUCGGCUGCACCAGACAACAACACUGCCCCCGGGACUGAGGGCUGGCGGCAGCUGCUGGACCUGCUGCCCGAGCACACAGGGGAGAAGCUGCUCGAGGCCUGGGCCUUCGGGCACAGCCACCAGAUGGGCAUCGUGGCCCUGGGCCUGGUCACUUGCCUGCUCGCCAUGUUGCUAGCCGGCCGCAUCAGGCUCCGGAGGAUCGACGCCUUCUCCGCCUGCCUGUGGGCCCUGCUGCUGGGGCUGCACCUGGCUGAGCAGUACCUGCAGGCGACCUCACCCAGCUGGCUGGACACACUCAAGCUCAGCACGCUGUCCCUGUGCUGCCUGGUGGGCUUCACGGCGACCGUGGCCACGAGGAAGGCGACAGGCCCACGGAGGUUCCGGCCCCGAAGGUGCUUUCCCGGAGACGCCACAGGCUUCUUCCCCACUGGCCCCAGCCUGGCCAUGCCCAGCCCGAGUGUCACGGGCUCCUCGCCGGCCCUGUUCGUCCCCACCCCACCGGGAUUCCUGCCGCUCGCCAACCAGCAGCUGUUCCGGUCGCCCCGCCGGGCCUCGCCCUCUUCGCUGCCAGGCCGCCUCAGCCGUGCCCUCUCGCUGGGCACCAUCCCUUCUCUGACUCGAGCAGACUCAGGGUACCUGUUCAGCGGGAGCCGCCCCCCGUCGCGAGUAUCUCACCCCCAGGAGGUUCCUCUUCCAGGUUACUUCUCUCUGCUGUCCGGGUGCCACCCGUCGUCCCCCCUGCCGUCCCCAGCGCCCUCCGUGGCCAGCUCCGUGGCCUCCAGCUCCGGCUCCCUGCGCCUCCGCAGACCCCUGAUCAGCCCUGCCCGGCUCAACCUGGAAGGGCAGAAGCUGCUGCUGUUCCCCAGGAGCCCUGGGGAGCUGCCCGGCACCCCCAGCAGCUCGGAGGAGCACUCCCCACACAACGGCAGCCUCUUCACCCUCGCGCCGCCCCCGCGGCCGCCCAUACCAGACAGGGACGCCAAGCUCAGCCCCGACCAGAGAGCGAGGCCGGAGAGUGGCAGCCCCUGCAGCAGCCGCUCCGUCAAGAAGGAAGAUGACUCGUCCCAGUCGUCCGCCUGCGUGGUAGACACCACCACCCGAGGGUGCUCAGAGGAGGCCACCGCCUGGAAGGGGCAACUCGGCCCCUCCCUGAUCCGAGGCCUCCUGGCCGUGAGCUUGGCUGCCAACGCUGUGUUCACCUCGGCCUAUCUGUACCAGAGCCUGCGCUGAGCUCCUGGUGCCCACGGGCGGUGCCCAAAGGCAAGCCCAUCACCACUGCCACCAGGACCCUCCGUCUCCCGGGCACGAGAGCGCCCAUCCUUAGGCACCUGCUCCUCACCCACUGCUGCCUCCUCGGCUGACAUCAGUCUCCUUUGGUGCUGACACCUCGACCCGAGGCCAGGGAUUCGGAGAUGGGCUGCCUGCCGAGGCUCCCUGCCCACCACUCAAGCCUGCCCAGAGGGAGUGCCCUGCCCACUGAGGCCACCUGGCACCAAGCCACCUCCCAGCCCCACCGAGAUGAAGAUGGCCUGGGACGAGGAGGCCCCGCCCUGCUGUGGCUCCAGGGCCCCCAGACUCCCCUCCUGCUAGGUGCACGCCUACUCCGUGACACUGGGAGCUCCCCGGCCCCUCGCUCACGCUGUCCAUGGGGACCUGGCCAGGCCCCUGACUGCACACGAGCUGUGAUCUUGGAUGACACUGGACCCCUGCCAACCCCAGCCCCUGAGGUUCCACCGUCCCCACUUUGUCCUCCUCCUGCCCUUCCCAUCUGUCAGCCCCUCAACAUCAGACGCUUGUUUCCCCCCCUCCAGGGGCUGAGGGACCCCGUCCUGGCCCAGGCUGUCUGCUCCUGGGGGCUCUGGCGCUGAGGAAGGCGGGCCGGCGUCGGGCCGGGGCAGGGUCUUCACUGUCAUUCAGGGAUAAAGUUUAUUUUAUUUUUUUACACUUCUGUCGGGCGAGGCGCUGCCUGGCCAGCAGGAUGCUGCCUGCACGUGGGUGCUGUCAAUCCCUGGCCCAGGCGUCAGUGCUGGACCCCAAGUCCCCCUGCCAGGGUGGGAUCCAGCAUGGGCAUGGCGCCUUAAUGUCCCUCUGGACAGCGCUCUGUCCUGGUUUCUACUUUCGUUUGUCGCCUAAGAAAACAAAACCCCAUCCCUGCCAUCCCGUGUCCCAGGAGGCCCUGGCGCCCUGUGGACCUGGGAGGGGCUUUUACUCAUGGUUUGUUCCCAAGAGAAAACACAACCUUAUUUUUCUUUAUAAAAGCAAAAAAAUGAAACCAAAAAACAGGCCAACCUUGGAACUGGA